UUAUAAAGUGAUCGAUAACAAAGGAAACAUGAGUGCUGUACAUAGCAAUCAAAUUUUUAUUCUAAGUGGAACGACAAGCGUUCCAUCAGCAAUUGCCGCUGUUGUAGCCUCGCCAAUGCAAUCAUCGCUGGAAAGUGGAGAUGCACGACGAAGAUUUAAGAAGUCAAAUCAGCAAUCACUAUGUGAUUUAAUUAUCAUCCUGAUCACGUUGCCAACACUCGUAGUGCUUGGAUUAAUGCUUGAAUCAACAACACGUCAAAAUUGGCUAGAGACGACAGAAACUCGAUUAUUAGUUCUUGGAUUAGGCGCUGCAUUAGCUGUUGUAUGUCUAGCAUUAUGCAUGUAUGUGACAUCAAGACUUGGCAAGAAAUUCUUGUGGGUUGGACCGCAAUACACCGAUGAUUUAGGUCCACAUUAUUCAUACUACAAUCCACAAGCAGCAGCAGCCGAAGCGGCAGACUUACCACCAAAGUAUGAUAUUGUCAUGGGCUUUGACAUUCCACCACCAGCAUAUGAUACCUUAAUGAUUGAUAAUGAGAAAAUUCAAUACGAAACAGAAAAGUGUCCAAAGGAAUCAACCAUUCAACAUAUUUAGAAUCUUGAAGAUUUAUUUUAACUAAAUGGAGAAUUUACAUAUCAUAAAGAUAAGAUUAAGUCAAGGAAGAGUUCAAUAUUUAACAGAUUAAAGGAUGGAAAAGCAAGAAAGGAGAUAAAGACAUUUUCUUCAGUAACCAAUUCAUAAAUAGCUGGCUGUUUGUGGCUGGAAGUAAACUUUAAACAGUUGCUUGGUUAUUGGAGAUUUCAUAAUACAGGACUAGAUAGAU